AUGGCGCUAUACAGGACCUCUGAUGCUCUGAUGUGCAGAGCGUUUCCCAUCACUCUGAGAGGGCUGGCCCGCAUGUGGUACAGUGGCUUGAAGACCAGAACGAUUGCUUCCUUCGACCAGCUCGUCAAGGAAUUCGAGCUCCACUUCAUGGCCUAUGCACGGCCGAAGCCUUCCGUUAUCCAGGGAUUACUGGACACUCAUCCUUCUCUAUUGAUGCAAGCGUUUAUGAUAGGCCUGCGUCCUUCCAGGUUCUUCUGGUCCCUCGUGGAGCGACCCCCCACCGCGGUGCCCGAGAUGCUCCAACGUGCAAAACAAUUCAUCGCGACCGAGGCCUGGAUGGCCGGGAAGCGGGAAGAGCAUAAGAGGGGCAGGCCGGAGCUGGCUUGGGGACAACAGUCUGCCACGCCGAGGCGCAGGCUGGACCGACCUGACCCGCCCGUGCUAAGGUCUCCUAUACCCUCUUUGGGUGCAUCCCGAACGAAGAUAUUUCUCCAAAUAAGGGAAAAAGGGCUGCUCAGGGCCCCCGUCCCGAUGAAGAGCCCGCGGGAACUCGUUGACCAGUCCAAGCAUUGUCGCUUACACCAGCAAAGCAGACACGAUAUUGAAGAGUGUUGUGAGCUGAAGCGGCAAAUCGAGGAGCUCGUCCGUAUAGGACACCUCAGCCGGUACGUUCGACAGAAUAGGUGA